UGUUGCACUGGUUUCUGUAGGAUCACCAGAACGGGGAGAGUGGGGCGAGCUGACAGUACCUCCUGUAGGCUGAAGGAGGCAGGAGGGGCUGGAGCUGGCCCCUGGCGGCUGCUGCUCUCGGGACCCUCCUGCACUGGAGCUCACUUCAGCUUCUCCAGCUGCGGCCAGGGAGACUGCUCACCCUGAGCCUGGCUGCGGGAGGCAACCGCCACAAGCUGCUGCUCAGCUUUUGCAAGGGGCUGGAUUCCUGACCAACCAGCAAUCCGUCACUGAGACUUGCUGAUUCUGGUGCGAGAGGAGAGGGUUUUCUCUUCUUGGAACACCUGAGCUGGGGCUCAGCGCCUUUCCGAUUUUAAGUAGUUCCCUCCAUGAGAACUGAAUCUCAAGUGUUCCCCAAGGGCAAAUGCAGUGCCUGGGCUGGAGAGCAGAGAGGAUGAGAGCUUUUGAGGCUGCCUGCUAAGGGCUCUUCGGAGGUACCCCUCGCCCCGAUUCAAAAUGCCGUUUAAAGCAUUUGAUACCUUCAAAGAAAACAUUCUGAAACCUGGGAAGGAGGGAGUGAAGAAUGCCGUAGCAGAUUCGCUGAGGAUCUUACAAAGAAAAAUUGAUGGGACUAACGAAGAGGAAGCUAGCAUUGAGCUGGAUGAAGAGGGAAGGCCUGUGCAGACAUCCAGGGCACGCCUCCCCACCUGUGACUGCAGCUGCUGUGGCAUCCCCAAGCGCUAUAUCAUCGCUGUCAUGAGUGGGCUGGGAUUCUGCAUUUCCUUUGGGAUUCGGUGCAACCUUGGAGUGGCCAUUGUGGAAAUGGUUAACAACAGUACUGUGUAUGUGGAUGGGAAACCAGAAAUUCAGACAGCACAGUUUAACUGGGAUCCAGAGACGGUGGGCCUUAUCCACGGAUCUUUUUUCUGGGGUUAUAUUGUGACACAAAUUCCUGGUGGCUUCAUUUCAAACAAGUUUGCUGCUAACAGGGUCUUUGGAGCCGCCAUCUUCUUGACAUCAACUCUGAACAUGUUUAUCCCUUCUGCGGCCAGGGUACACUACGGCUGUGUCAUGUGUGUGAGGAUUUUGCAGGGUCUGGUGGAGGGUGUGACCUAUCCAGCCUGCCACGGGAUGUGGAGCAAGUGGGCGCCUCCCCUGGAGAGAAGCCGGCUAGCAACAACGUCCUUUUGUGGUUCCUAUGCUGGGGCAGUCGUUGCUAUGCCCCUUGCUGGAGUAUUGGUACAGUACAUUGGCUGGGCCUCCGUCUUUUACAUUUACGGCAUGUUUGGGAUUAUUUGGUACAUGUUUUGGCUGCUGCAGGCUUAUGAGAGUCCAGCUGCUCACCCAACAAUAUCCGAUGCAGAAAAGACCUACAUAGAGACGAGCAUAGGAGAAGGGGCCAACUUGGCCAGUCCAAGUAAAUUCAACACACCGUGGAGAAGGUUUUUCACAUCCUUGCCUGUCUAUGCCAUCAUCGUGGCAAACUUCUGUAGGAGCUGGACCUUCUAUUUGCUCUUAAUAAGCCAGCCUGCUUACUUUGAGGAGGUCUUUGGAUUUGCAAUAAGUAAGGUGGGUCUCCUGUCAGCUGUUCCACACAUGGUGAUGACAAUUGUGGUACCGAUUGGAGGACAACUGGCUGAUUAUUUAAGAAGCAGGAAGAUUCUGACCACAACUGCUGUCAGAAAGAUCAUGAAUUGCGGAGGCUUUGGCAUGGAGGCAACCUUGCUCCUGGUGGUUGGCUUCUCCCAUACCAAAGGAGUGGCAAUCUCCUUCUUGGUGCUUGCUGUAGGAUUUAGUGGCUUUGCUAUUUCAGGUUUCAAUGUCAACCACCUGGACAUCGCUCCACGCUAUGCCAGCAUUCUCAUGGGGAUCUCAAAUGGAGUGGGAACCCUGUCCGGAAUGGUCUGUCCCCUCAUCGUGGGCGCAAUGACGAAGCACAAGACCCGCGAGGAGUGGCAGAGUGUGUUCCUCAUCGCAGCGCUGGUGCACUACGGCGGCGUCAUCUUCUAUGCGGUCUUUGCUUCUGGGGAGAAACAGGACUGGGCUGACCCUGAGAAUCUCUCUGAGGAGAAAUGUGGAAUCAUUGACCAAGAUGAACUGGCCGAGGAGACAGAACUCAACCACGAGGCUUUCGUAAGUCCCAGGAAGAAGAUGUCUUACGGAGCCACCAGCCAGAACUGUGAGGUCCAGAAGAGGGAGUGGAGACAGCAGAGAGAAGCUGCCGUCGAGGGGGAAGAGCCACCGUCCUACCAGAACGAAGAGGGGGACUUUCCAGAAACAUCCUAACGCCUACCUUCUCCUCAGCUGACAGUCGGAAGUAUCCAUGCCCAUUGCCUUUCCCACACCUUGGCUUGCCAGGGGGCCAAAUCACGGGGUUCUGGAGGUAGUGGGAGAGGAGGAGAUCAAAGUAACGGCAGAGAAAAGAGAAAUGCCUUCUUCCAGAGAUAGGACUA